AGCACUAGCAUAGUAAUAAUAAACAUCUUUAUUCUUUAAAUUUUAAAAAGAAAGUAUGUCAGCAUUAUCACAAGCAAAAGCGCUAGUUGACUCAUUUUUGAGAAUCUCCACUGUUCGUAUCAAUAAUCUCGCAAAUACAACUGAUAAACUACGAAAAAUCAUUCAAGAUGGUCAAAGUAACCUUCAUAUUAUUAGUGAUUUUGACAUGACAAUGUCCCGUCACUGGGUUCGUAAUAAAAAGACAGAUGCUUUAGAACGUAACUCUUCAUCUCAUGGCAUUCCUGCAAAAUCAAACAUAUUGUCUAUUGAGUAUAAAAAAGAAACAGAUCGUCUUUAUAAUACUUAUUAUCCAAUUGAGAUUGAUCAAAACAUGAAGUACGAAGAAAAAGUGCCUUACAUGAUGAAAUGGUGGCAAGAAGCUCACGAAAAUUUAGUUAAACAAAAACUAUCUAAACAUGACUUACAAGCUAUGGUUCAACAAGUGAAUCUUGAAUUUAGAGCUGGUCUUGAUCAAGUAUUGUCUCAGUGUAAAGAUAGUGAGGUUCCAUUUUUAGUAUUCUCAGCGGGUAUUAGUAACAUUAUUGAAGAGCUUUUAAAACAAGCAAAUUUAUUUUAUGAUAAUAUGCAUAUUGUAUCCAAUAUGAUGGUCUUUAACGAAGAUGGCAUCUGUAUAGACUUUAAAGAACCUCUCAUUCACGUCUUUAACAAAUCAGAAUUUCAAUUAGAGACCACACCUUAUUUUAAAUUGAUUGAACAAAGAAAAAAUGUUAUCUUGAUGGGAGAUAGUCUUGGAGAUCUUCAAAUGAGUCAAGGCGUUAGUCAUGAUUUAUGUUUAAACAUUGGCUUCUUAAACCAUGACAUUAAAGCAUUAGAAUCAGCUUAUGUCAAUGCUUUUGACAUAAUAAUUGAAGGUGACGCUAACAUGGAUCCAGUUAUUGAAAUAUUAAAGAGUAUAGAAUAAUAUAAAAGAGUCUUUUAUUAUUAUUAUUAUUAUUGCUAUUAUCGUUUCUCCUUAAAUAUUACAUAAUUAUAUAUGUGUGAGUGUGUAUGGAGGGA